GUGGACGGGACGAGGACAGUGUGAGCCGCUGCUGGCACCAGCUCUUCAGGUUCUAGGCAAAGGGAAGCUACACAGGAACAACACAGGACCUACACAACAUACACAGGACACCUACACAGGACCUACACAAGAACAGCACCUACACAGGACCUGCAGAACAUACACAGCACAUACACAGGACACCUACACAGGACCUACACAAGAACAGCACCUACACAGGACUGUGAACGGGAUUUUAUUCCGCAAAAAACAAUGAGAUGCUGGUGACUCUAGUGUGAGUGUUUGAGACAGGUACAGGUGACACAUUCAAGCAGGUGAGACCUCAAGGUCACGUGAUGGCAGGAUGACGUCAAGAAUGCUCGAUAUCACUUUGCUCAUCUUAUGCGCAUGUGUCAAGGUGGCCUUACAGAAUGAAUCGCCCGGGAAGAACGAAAACGCCAAGUCCACCACCGGUGUCGGUUGCUACAAGUGUCACUCACGUAACGGAAGUGACGUCCAUUGUGGCGACCCCUUUCACCCCGCCUACAACAUGGACAGGUACCACGUCAAGUGCGAGCAAGGCUUAGAUAACCGUGUCGGGUUAUUCCCAGCCAAAUACUGCGUCAAGAUCAAGGGUACUAACCUCAACACAAACGAGGAGCUGAUCGUCCGCUCCUGUAGCCUGACGUCAUUUGACAACGUCUGCGGCCCAUUCGAGUUCGAGAACGUUCGGUACAGUGGCUGUCUGAUGUCAUGUGUACGUGACGCCUGCAACCUCGCUGGUCGUCUGCAGGUCAGCCUGACCUACCUGCUGCACGUGCUACUGCUGACAGCACUGUCACGUGUCACUGGCUUGACCUUAUGACCGACUCGCUAGUUCAAACAUGUCAUCAAAACAUGACAUCAAAACAUGUCAUCAAAACAUGACACAUGUGUUUAUCUGAAGUAUUCUACAACAAUAGAGAAACGUACAUGAACAUUGUUGACACGGAAGGCCAACUACAGAAUGACAUCAAACAAAAUGGCCAACAACAAAAUGACAUCAAACAAAAUGGCCAACAACAAAAUGACAUCAAACAAAAACGGCCAACUACAAAAUGACAUCAAACAAAAUGGCCAACAACAAAAUGACAUCAAACAAAAACGGCCAACAACAAAAUGACAUCAAACAAAAUGGCCAACAACAAAAUGACAUUAAAAUGUCACAUUUUCUCAUAUCGCCUGUUUUCUAAUCCUGUAUUCUGAUUGGUUAUAAUUUUUUUGUAAGAAGAGAAAAUGAAUUAGCCACUAAUGGUGUUAUACCUGGGAUAAAGUCACGUGAUAUGUCUUGGCCAAAGAAGGAGGUACAAACACUUUUGGGCUUUACCAAACAUUUUGUCUUGAAUGGUCGAGUUCAAAGGUCGAGUUCAAAGGUCGAGUUCAAAGGUCGAGUUCAGAGGUCGUUAAAAGAUUUUUUUACUUGCCUCAAUAUUUGGCGCCUCUAUCGAAAUGUUCCAUGUAUAUAAUUACCCCACCCCAUGAGCACAUAUUUCCUUAUCCAUGUCAAUGAUCACAUAUCCCCCACCCCACCACCAUGUGUUAAAAAGGCUUUAAGAAUUGUUUUGAAUAUUCGAGCCUCCCCCCUCCGCCCCCCCCCCCCCCGCCCAAAAAAAACAACAACCAACCCCACCGCAAUAUAUGUGAAUAAGUUCUUUCAAUUGUUUCGUCCUAGGCCAAAAAUUGUCAUCAGCUGUUUUACCACCGUCUCCACUUUUUCAGUUUUUGUCACCUACAUUUUUUUCGCAAUGACUUUUUUAUUUAGCUACUAAAUGAGCAAAAGCUAUCUGCCACUUUCAUCAAGAUGUCGUAUGCGGGGAGGGGGGGGGCUGCAAUAACUUUUUGUAUUAUGUAAACAUUACCUACGUGUGUUUAAUGGCCGCUUGUUGUGACGUCAUGUGCCUCCGGACGUUUUCCCCGAAAAUUCCUGUUUUUCCCCCAAAAUAUUUGUUAAAAUAGUCUGCUAGCAACAGGUUUUGAUGGAGCAAAUAUUUAUUUUUAUACAGAUGGGCGUCACAUAAGUGUUACCAGUUUUUCUUUAUUGUCUGCUGUUUUUAUUUUGUUUACAUUAAAAUUCCUAAUUUG